AUAAUGGUCCAAUCAAGCAACUCAUUUAGGAAAACAAACCAUCAUAGCUUAGGAGUUAUUGUUGAUCAAUCUAAUAUGUGAUUUUGGAGCAUGCACACGUGGUGAGUGAGACCUCCUAGACCACUCUUUUUUAGGCAAAUGAAUCAGGAGGUGGUGAGAUAACUUUGUUCAUCAUCCUUUACAUGACUUCAUAUUCACGCGGUUAAAAACUAAAGUUUAACAUGCAAUUCAUGUCUCUUAAAAAAGAAAAAGAAAAAGAAAAAGAAAAAGAAAAACACAAAGGAAAAGAAGAUGGCUGACAUGGAUUACCUGAGAAACACUCAUCAUUCAACCAGAGCACCUCUCCCUGUUGGGUAUGAGGCACAAGAGAACUGGCCAACAACAAUGGCUUCCAACUUUGAAGAUUAUUAUCCUGAUAACCACUCCCAUGUGAAGAAAUCAGUCCUUGCCAAAGUCAAGGAGAAGGCAUUGAAAUGGAGAAACUUAUUAGCCAAAAGGAAUCACGGUAAUGACAAGGCCAAUGAAACACCUGCUUGGGGAGUCAGCUUAGAUGAUGAAGAAGAAGACUACAACAAUGAAGAACAAGACCCUGAGUUUCAUGGAGCACCAAUGUAUGAAUCAGAGAGAGCACCUGAAGCUUGUAAGGGAGGAGGGGCAGUAAUGGAGCAGAAGAAACCACCAUUGAUUCAUAGAGACUCAACUAAAGAACAAGCAAUGAAGCAUAUGGAUGAACUGGCUAUGCACCACCUUGAUGAGUUUGUAGAGACAUCAUCUCCACGUUCAAACAUCACCAAACCUAUAAUGCAUGAUGAUUUCAAUGAAGAGAAGUCUUGUUGCUUUGCACCACACCCAACCCCAACUCAUGACUUUGCAUCUGGGACCAGGGAAGACACCAUGAAGAGAAGUGCCAGUCAGAAGACACUAACAGAGGCUGUCUCAAAGAUACUUGUGCCAGCUUAUAACAUGGUUUCAGAUGCAACUCAAACAAUAGUGUCAAAAAUUCAAGGUCCGGAUGUAGAUGAAGAGAUUGGUUCUAAGAUGAAGUAUGACAAGGGUGUUUCAGUGAAGGAGUUCGUGUUGAAGAAGCUGGAGCCUGGAGAAGAUGAUAAGGCACUCUCUAAGGUGAUUACAGAGUCAGUGAGUCCCAUGAACAGCAACAGAGCUGAGGAGAAGCAUGUUGUGGAGAAGUUUAGAGAAGCAGUUAGUUCUCUUUUGGGGAAAGAUGAACUCAGGAAGACAGCUAUUCCAGUCUCAACAAAAACUUCACAAAGUUGAUGUUAAAGAAGCAUCCGAGAGGCUUCAGCAUCUGCAAGACAACUGGAGAGAGUUAUAGGUUUCUCAUGAUUAAUAAUUAUAUACGUACGCAGGAGUAUUGAUGUAUCAUCUUCAACCAUCUGAUAAAGAAACAAUCAGAAGCUGUUCUAUUAAUCAAACUCUUUUCCUUAGCUUUUCUUUUAUUUUUGAAACUAUUUCUGUUUACCUUAGUUAACAGAACACUCUACCGUAGCUGAUAUGAGGAGAAAGUGAAUCCAAA